UAAAACGACGCUAAUUUUACCUGCCGGCAUCGGCACUUAUCAAGCGAGCUUAAACGAUGCUAAUUUUUGCUGAAGGGUUCGAAACAAACUCUAAAAAGCUACUAGGUGAUUAAAUUCAUAGAUAUUAAUUCAACAAAAAUCAACCUGCAGCUGCAAUCUUCAAUGUAUUUGUUGAUACGUAAUACCUCGCGCGAGUGAAAUAGAUUAAUUGGCAAGAGAAAGAAAUCCAACAUUUCAUCAUUUUUGUUCCAGUUCAUUGUUUGCCUUCGACAACGACAGAGUUGCACCCGGACCGGGCGGUGAAAUUGAACAGAGCUCCCUAACAUAAAUUCGUGGCAUUGUUUACGGACUUAUUUUCGGACAACAAAAUGGAGAUGUCUGUGCAAUAUACCAUUUCGUCAGCAGAAGGAGCUAAGCCGAAUCAGUCAUCUGACAGUGAAUCGAUAGUAUCUAGUGUAGAGGAUAUCAACAAUUGGUCAUUCAUCAGUGACCCAGAUAUGCAAAACGAUGUGCAACCGCUGGAAAGUGAAAGCAUUGAAUGUUGCCGGGAAAGUUUUUCUUCGGAUAGCAUCAGUGUUAUUAGCGAAGGAGAAGAUCUUCGCUUGGAAUCAUCAGACUCAGUUCAGACGAACAGUUCCAUAGAGCUGGUUAAUCACACACAGGAACAUGUUGAAAAUAACGAAACAGCAGUCAUCUCAGAAACAGCGACUGCAAAGAAAAGCAUUAUCUGGACUACUCCACUGGUGUUAGGAGUCGUCCUAGCCACUAACGCCGCUAUUUUUUACGGUCAUUCCAGAAUAUAUCAGAACAUGAUUACGGAGUUCAAAGCUCUCCAGGAGAAUAGAAUAACUGAAUUGUUGAAUAACACUGCUAAAAAUUUGAAAUGCAUUACCGAACUUGAGAUAGAAAAUGGCCGACUGAGAGAGGAAAUAAAGCGACUCAAAAAGAUAGAUGACGCAUCUGAGUUGGAGAAACGAAUCCACCGGACAGUACUUGAGUUUUUAUCGCAGCAAAAAUCAACAGCUGAUGAAGCACCAAUUCAAUUCACACAGUUCAAAACAGUUCUAGAUCAUAAAACACCUCCGGAUGUCGAUGCCAGCUUCAGACAUGACGAAAUUGACGAGAAAGCCCCGAAAAUAUCACAAGAUAAACUUCGAACGCUGCCCAAAAUUUGCUACAACAAAUAUGCAAUACAGGACGCUCUAUUCUCCGAAGAUUGUAAUUUCGGAAAACACAAACGAAGUGAAGAAUCUGAAUCUGAACUGUUUGAAGAUAACUCGGAAUAUGAUCAACCUUAUGACAACUCAAAACGAAAGCUUCUUCCGACGUUUUGCUACAAUCAGCGCGUCACUCAGGAUGCGCUAUUUGCGGAAGAAUGUGAUUUUGGAGAAACCCCAGAAAAACCGCCGCAUGCAAAACGUAUGAAGUUCAAGAAAGUUCCGGCGGAAGGAAACCAUCAUCACCACGGAAGGCGACGCCACGGUCGAAAAGGUUCCGGAGCGACUUCCAGUGCACUACCGAGCAGGCGGAAUUAGGUUUACAGCAGUAAGUUAAAGUUUCGAAAAGUCAGUUGAAGAUGAUCCUCAUUUUGUUGUUUUUAUCCUAUCUAUCAAGAGCAAUGA